AUGAACCCCAGUGCUUCGAGUUCAACAUAUUCGAUGAAUGCGUUAAGAUCGGAGCUAAACUGCAGUGAAAAUCACUGUCGGGUUUGUGGAGCGGUCUCCGAUGGGGUUCAUUUUGGAAUUGUCGCUUGUAGAGCUUGUAAGUUGAAGUGGUAAAAUGUUGGAAAAGAUUUUUAUACCAUAGGCAAGUGUAUUUUUAGGCAGUGCGUUUUUCCGUCGCUCGGUUGUUGAAGAGCGGGUUUACAAAUGUCUGUAUGGCAGGAAGUGUGGAAUGGCUUUGAGUGAGUGUCAAAUAUGGGCAGCUAUGAUACUGGUCGUUCUGGAAAGUCGCCCGAUUGAUUUCUGGCAUUUUGACAGUGCGAGAAAAGUUAGGAUGCGGGCAUCAGCCGAAAGAAGCCUCUUGCACAUUGCAAAGAAAAUUUUUUGUAACUGAUUUCAUACCGGUGACCUUCCGGACGACCUAGUAGUUGUGUUUAUGCUCAAUUCCUCUUUUCAGACAUUCGAAAUUCUUGUCGAAGCUGUCGAUUUGCGAGAUGCCAAGCCGCCGGAAUGAAAACGGAAAGUAAGCCUGAUUUACUUUGUAAUUUUGUGAAUUUAGAUCAAGUGUUCGACUGCCAAAUGAACUUUUGAAAACGUUAGAUUCAAAUCAGACCAAUAUUUUUAGUAAAAUAUUAAUUAACCUCUAAUAACGUCACCAUUAACCUAAAUCGUCGAACGGAAACUUUUUUUGUUUCAGAAGUCCAACAUCCCCGUGACCGCAACCGACGAAAUCCACAAGCAAACCAGAAGCCAAAUAAAGUACUGCCUUCGACUCCUCUCCCUACGACUUCGAAGAUCCUGGACCGACUUCGAGAAGGAUACAAGCAGUACCACAUUGCGCAUCGCGCAAUAUUCUCCACCAUGCAUCCGAAGCACAUCUUUGCCGAUCGAAAUUCUUUAGCGACAAUAAGCAUCGACGAACGCUUUAAAUUAGACAUGGCGGUAUUGCCGAGUAUCUACAUCAUGUUCAAGGAGUACUUCUGUCCGUAUGCAUUGAUGGACAAGGAAAAUAAGGUGAGAAACUUUGACGGUUCUCUGACUAAUUGUAAGAGUUUGAUCUAAAAGAAGUUUUUUAUUCCAGUUUGAAGUCAUCAUAACAUUUCUCCAACGAUUUCUUCAACUAGAACGCUCCUACUUGACGGCGUUGUACUUCCCCGACAAGGACAAUGUGGUCGCCUUCUCGCAGCUGGAUUACGCCGAUUUCGAUCAUAUGAAUAAGUACUUUAAAAAUGACGUGAACCCAAAAGAAAGCGAAAGGUUGGUUGAUGAGGUCUGAAUGUCCAGUUUUUCUUGCAACCUUGAGCAGUAAUGUACAAUGGGGGACCUGAUCCAGUGGCGAGAUAACAUACCAUUUUGCAUCCGGGAAGCAUCAAAAAAUGUGGCAAAAUACCUCCCUCUCCAAGUUAAAAAACUCAGAUUUCAAAAGCGCGCCCGGUAUUUUUGCGAGGAAAAAGAUCGCGCCCUUCAAAACGAAGUUUUUUCACUUGGAGAAGGAUGCAUUUUGCCACAUUUUUCAUACUUCCCGGAUGCAAAAUGGGACGUUUUUUGCCACUGAGUCAGGUCCCCCACUGUAUAACCAACACGGUUUUAGAACAUUCCGACCCUACCUCUCUCGACUGAAACGCUUAACUCGGAAGGCGAAAAUGCUUCAGUUGGACGAAAUGGAGUUCCUUGGGUUGGUUGGGAUUUUAACAGCCAGUGAGAGUAAGAAAGUCCUUACUAUACAACACAAUUACGUGCAAGAUUCUUAAACCCCAUGAAAGAUUCGUUAUAAUUACCGAUUUUUUUCAGUAUACUGGCGAACGGACGCUCCCGAAGCCUUUGCAGAACAGACUCAAAUGUUCAAAGAAUUGCAUCAACAUUGCCAGAAGAAAUCCCACACCUCUGCGGACACUCGCUUUGGCCAAUUGUUGAUGAUGAUUCGAGACGGCGAAGAGAUGUCCUGGACCUUUAAUGAGUGCAUUUUUCUCGGCGUUCUGGUGGAUGACAUUUACAAGGCGACGGUGGAUCGAAUACGGGACAUGAUAGAUAUGAUUCAGUCAUAA